AUGAGCCUCAAGUCCCCAGCGUCUGCUCUUCCCUUUGAGAGCAAAGGCAGCCAUAUCAUGGCUAGAAAUGGAAGCUGUUUUCUAGUCCGGCACACCCCUCACCCCAGAAGGGUCUGCCACAUCAAAGGUUUGAAUAACAUUCCCAUCUGUACCGUGAAUGAUGAUGACAGCUCAUUGGGAGCAUUGUGGGGCGUUGGCCAGUUCAACCACUUGGAGAAGGACGAGAUACCAUUUGCCAAAUGCGGUUAUGCACCCAGCGCUGUAGCCCCGGAGAGCCCCGUCAGAGGAGUCUCGCCAGCCCCAAACAAUGUCAAGGUGCCCCCAAGGCCUCAUUCUGAGCCCUGUAGAAAAAUCAAGGAGUGCUUCAAAACUUCCAGUGAGAAUCCCUUAGCAAUUAAGAAGGAAGAAAUAAAGGUAAAAAAGACACUGUCUCCUCCAAAAGCAUGCUCCACUGCUGACUCUUGUUCUUCAGAGGUGAUGAGUACCAAGACUGACGUCAAAGAGAAUACUGUUUGCAUACCAAAUUAUCUGGACCAGGAAAUCAAAAUUCUGGCGAAGCUCUGUAACAUUUUACGCACUGAUUCCCUGGCCGAAGUUCUACAGUGGCUGCUUCACGCAAGCUCAAAAGAGAAAGAGUGGGUCUCAGCUUUGAUUCAUGCUGAACUGGCUGAAAUAAACCUGUUGGCCCAACGAAGAAACAUCACAGCAAACCUAGCAGCAGGGACUAGGAAGCCACCCAAAGUUAAAUCUCCCCCAAAUUCACCUGCAAAAUUGCAAGUGAUGACCAGAACGAGGCAAGAACAUCAACCCUCCAGAGUAUCGAGUCAAGGAUCUGAAGGAAAUAAGGAAGUGCCAAAAGAGGCUGAGGACAGGCCUCCAUUGUUUAUAAGAAGAAAUAAUAUGAAAAUGCCCAUUGCAGAAUAUUUCAGCAAACCAAAAUCUCCUCCCAAGCCUAAAAUUCAGGAAAACAUAUCAACAAAACCAAUGUCUGCAAGGAGUAUGCAACAAGGAUUCAAACUCUCUCCCCAGAGAGCAUUUUAUCCUUAA